UCGGUGUAACCGGAAAUGAAAUGAACUGUUAUGGAGACUUGAAAUGCAAGAUCACUAAGAGUCUACUUAGCAAGGAACUAAAGCAGGUCAACUUAUCGAUUUAGACAAGAGGCCUGUUGCUGAUCGCUUCUCUCUCCCACUGCCUCUCCUCCCAGUACGAUGCCAGGACUAGUUGAUUAGCACAGAGAGGAGAGCAAAAUGGAUGGCGAGCAAGCUACAUGGGAAGAUGAAGUCAGACUUAUCGCCCCAGAGCUCUUUCCGUGUUUACGACACACAGUAUUGGAGGAUGAGAAACCUGAAGGAGUUCCAUCGAAAGAAAACAAGACUACAUCUUCACUGGCCAGAUUUUUUAAAAGAAAGAAAACAAAGGCUGGCUACCUACCAAGACGCAAUGCCAUUUUGGAAAAAUCGGUGGAAAAACUUAGAGCGUCUUUGAAUUGUUGCAAAUGUAGCAAGCACACCGCAGCAAAGCGUCUGAAGCAGCUUUUCCCGUUCACCUCCAUCCUCGACGGCUAUAGCGGUCUGUACGAUCUACCCUGCGACAUCAUAGCUGGACUAACGAUAGGAAUCAUGCAUAUACCUCAAGGUAUGGCGUACGCCCUUCUAACACAGCUGCCUCCCGUCUACGGGCUCUACACUUCAUUUUUUCCUGUUCUGAUUUACUUUUUCUUUGGUACUUCUCGACACAUCUCAGUGGGGACAUUUGCUGUAGUAUCUUUGAUGAUAGGUUCAGUCGUGGACAAGGGUCACGUGGCCUGGCAACGCCAUGAGCUCCAGGGCGCCAUUCAGGACAUCAGCACAGGGCACAACAUCACGCACUCCCUGCAGGAACCGGAUCCUGCGUCCACGUCGCUGGGCGCCACCAACUUGAGCUCGGCUAGCCCAGGCUUUGACAAUUUCUUCCGAACCAGACCUCUUUCUGAGCUGGACAUGGUCAAAGUCGGCUACGCCAUGGCUGUGACUUUCUGUGUAGGCAUACUCCAGGUGGUGCUAGGAUUUUUACGAAUGGGCUUUCUCACAACAUUUUUAUCCGAUCCGCUGAUUUCGGGCUUCACGACAGGGGCAGCAAUUCACGUUUUCUCAAGUCAAAUCAAAUCAGCAUUUGGGGUGAAGGUUGACCGCUACAGUGGCCCACUGAAACUCAUUUUUAGCUACCACGACUUUUUUACUCAUCUGAAUCAUCCAAACCUUGUCACCAUGACCAUCACUAUAGUCACUGUAUUGUUUCUCAUUGGCAUCAAGGAAGGAAUAAACAAUAACAAAAAGUUUCGGGAAACAUUUAGGGGAAUCCCCAUUCCAGGGGAACUCAUUGUGUUAAUUAUUGGGACAGUAUUAUCUAAGCACUUCCAGUUACAUAAACAGUUUGAUGUUGAGGUCAUAGGUCACAUUCCAAAAGGAUUCCCUACCGCUAGUCUGGCGUUUGUCAAAUACUUACCAGAUGUCAUAGGCGAGUCUUUCGCGAUUUGUUUCACAGCAUUUGCCACAUCGUUUGCCAUUUCCAAAAUACUUGCAGAUAAACACAACUACAUCGUGGAUCCCAAUCAGGAGCUGAUAGCACAUGGUAUGAGCAACUUUUUAGGUUCCAUGUGCUCAUCUUUCUGCAGUGCUGCUUCUCUGUCACGUAGUAUGGUUCAAGAAGGUGUCGGUGGGAAAACUCAGAUUGUGAGUUUGAUUUCCAGUGUAUUGGUGGUUAUUGUGUUGCUAGCAUUGGGACCAAUGUUUGAAGAUGUACCAAAUAGUAUCUUGGCAGCUAUCAUUAUUGUUUCAUUGAAAGGUCUCUUCUUUCAAUUUGCUGAGUUGAAGCGUUUAUGGAAAGUCUCUAAAGUGGAUUAUACUGUGUGGCUUGUGACUUUUUUCGCAACAGUUCUAUUGGAUGUUGAUCUGGGGCUUCUAAUAGGUUUAAUAUAUAACCUUGUGCCUAUUUUGUUAAGAACACAGGAACCAUAUAGCUGUCUCCUAGGCAGGGUGCCAAACACUGAUAUAUAUGUGGACUGCAAUAUCUACAAAGAGACUGUACAAUUGCCUGGCAUCAAAAUUUUCAAGUUCGAGUCGCCACUUUACUUUGCCAACAUGGACAACUUCAAGUCAGCCUUGGUCAAAGCAACAAAUGUUGAUCCCCACUAUCUCAAACUGCUGAAGAAUGAGAUGAAAGAUACAGACAUGACACUGAGACAUCGAGAGGUGUGUCUAGCAACAUCUGAAGAGCCCUGUGAGAGCCAUGACCAUCUGCAUCCUUUGAGUGGACGAUCUGUUCCAUCCAAUUGUGGAACUUUUGCAAUCAUCAUCGAUGGCUCUGCUAUUCAGUAUGUAGACAGUGUAACAGUCAGGGUUCUGAAAGAUAUUGUGUUGGAUUAUCGUGAUGUAGAUAUUGAUGUGUAUUUGGGAGAUUGUAAAGCUUCAGUAAGAAUAAUGCUUGAGAAAUCUGGUUUCUACAACCAUGUGUACAGAAGAAAUGUCUGCGCGACAAUACAUCAUGCUGUGCAGGUGGCACAGAAGAGUGCAGCAAUGUCAAAAGAGACACUGGCUAGCACAUUCACAAUGGCACCAGAAGAUUUUCUUCAAGAGGGAGAAUUUGUAAGACUUGAUUUAGAAAACUCUGUAGAGUCUAUGGACAAAAUAGCUGCAGAGGGAAGUUCAUAGCAGAGGCUUAGCUAGAAUCUUAUUUGUACAAGUCUGUAUAAGAAUGUUGUGUAUUAGUUCACACCAUGAGUCUUUAUUUGGGCUUUCGUUUUGCAUUAAGCAAUUACUUGUAGAACAUCAUUAGUGAGUUGUUAACUUCAGUACAACAUGAAUCAGAGUUAUAGUGAAUUUUUCAGUUUAUUGGAAUACUUUUUCUUGUUAAUAAUUGACUGGUCCAAUAAAAUGAACUAAAUUGUUUUACUAGACAGAAUGCCCUGUUCCUAACAUAACAGUACUAAAAUGUCAUUUACACACGUACAGAAGACAUAAAGAACUAAUGUAGCUAGAGUGAACAAUACAUUUAAAAAUUUUUUGGCAUGAUUUAAACUUGAACAAAUUUACCACUAGCGGCAGCUACCUUCAUUUCCGACCUGAAUUUUUAAAAAUUGAUGCAGAUUCGCAAUUUAUUUCUUGACCACCUUUGUUGUCACUUACUAUAAUACAUUUAGGGGAUCAUUUUCAUGUCUUCCAAUGCUGUCAUGUGAUUUACUGCAAUUUAAUUAACAAUAGUAGCAUCUUAAUCAUUUCCACCAUGGCUUUGAAGAUGUUCUGUAUGUAGACAAGAAUUCUUCAUAAUUUUCUGUUAAAGUUCCAUGUUUCAGUAGAUACAUAGAAAAGAUUACUUCUUUCUUAUUUAUGGUCUGACAGCAAAAUUUUGUUAGAAUAAGCAAGUUAAAGUACUCUUUUGUUAUGGUAUUUGUUUAGGUUAUGUAAGUCAGAAUAAAUGGUUUGAUUGUUUAUAUAAGCCAUUGAAUAUAUCAUUGUAAAGAGAACUAAUUUUACUAUAUAUUUGUUUAGGCUUAGUACACAUUCAACUUUUGAUUUAUAUAUUUUUUACAUUUUACUUGACACUUUUUGAAGCUUUCAUAAUGCACACAAUUUUUUUAUUUACAUUGUUGUUUUUAUAGGAAAAUAUAAUUAUUGAAAUAAUUUUAAAAAUACAUAAUAUAUUUUUUUUAUUGUAGAUUCAUAAAACAAGUAAUGCAAUAUUGAGAUUAUUUUUAGAUUUUCAAAAAAAUUAUUUUGCUUUCUAUGAAAGAUGGAAAGACUAUUUUGCUUUAAAAUUAAUGUUUUGUAACUUAAAAAAAAUACAUUUAGAUAAAAUAAUUAGACCUUUAAAUUCAAACUUGUUAUUUAUUUUGUAUGUUUGUAUAAAUUGAUGCCAGUAAAACAAGGUUGAUUGCACAUGUAAAUAAUGUCACCAUUUGUUAAGACUUUAUGAUUUAGAGUGGCCUUAACUUUUACUUCUUGUAAGUCUAGCACACAGACCUAUAUAUAUUAUAUCUAGACUGGGCAUGGAAAUCUUCUAACACUACAAAAAAUGCCCUGAAAAUUUUAAAACAAGU